AAUAAUAUAUCGUGUGUUUUUGUACCGCCUCUUGGAAUUUUUAGUUAGUUUCUGUAAACAUGUUUUUAGGUCGUCUAGCACAAGUGACUUUAAGAAAAUCUAUUCAAGCUUCGCCAAAGUUAAGCAGAAGUAUGUUGACCGACGGGAAUACUAUAUUAGCCGAAAGUUUAAAGAAACAGGGUGUAGAAUAUGUAUUUGGUAUUGUGGGUAUACCCGUAAUAGAGACUGCAAUGGCGUUCCAAGUGGCGGGUCUCAAGUAUAUUGGAAUGCGCAACGAACAGGCUGCUGCUUACGCUGCACAGGCUAUUGGGUACCUCACAGGAAAGCCAGGAGUAUGUCUGGCGGUGUCCGGUCCAGGAUUGCUGCACUGUGUCGGUGGCAUGGCCAACGCACAGGUGAAUGCGUGGCCGAUGCUGGUCAUUGCUGGCUCCUGCGCAGAGGACCAUGAGGGCAUUGGAGGAUUCCAGGAGUGGCCACAGGUAGACUCGUCGCGGCUGUACUGCAAGUACGCGGCGCGACCGCCGUCGGCGCGCCUGAUCCCGCUGCACGUGGAGAAGGCCGUGCGCCUCGCAAGUGCCGGCCGGCCCGGCGCUGCCUACCUAGACAUGCCUGGCACCUUGCUCUUGAGCGAAGUCGAAGAAGAAAAAGUACCCGAACUCUACAGCGCAGAAACCGUCAAGCUGGCUCACCCCGACCCAGCGUUAGUAACUCGCGCGGCCGAACUGCUGACUAAAGCUGAGCGACCUCUAGUCAUCGUAGGCAAGGGGGCUGCCUACGCCCGGGCUGAGAACGCGCUACGGAAACUUGUGGCUGACACUGGGAUACCCUUCCUGCCUACUCCCAUGGGUAAAGGCGUAGUACCGGACACGUCCGCGCAGUGCGUGUCCACCGCUCGCACACAGGCCCUUCUCAAAGCUGACGUUAUCCUAUUGCUCGGCGCGCGUCUCAACUGGAUGCUGCACUUCGGACAAACCCCACGCUUCGACCCCAAAGUCAAGAUCAUUCAGGUGGACAUCAGCCCUGAAGAGUUCCACAACAGCGUGCAGUCAGAAGUAGCGGUGCACUCGGACAUCCAGCCGUUCGUCGAAGCGCUGUCGACUAAACUGAAAGAGAAAAAGUUCUCGCUGUCUCCCUCGCACGCCUGGUGGCAGACUCUUGCGCAGAAGCAAAAGGCUAACACGGAGUUCGUAGCGGCUCAAGCCAACGACGUGUCAACUCCACUAAACUACUUCGCGGUAUUCAAGGCGGUACAAGACGCCAUUCCAAAGGACUCUAUCAUCGUGAGCGAGGGCGCCAAUACGAUGGACAUCGGGCGAGGAAUGCUGCUGAAUGACUUACCGCGGCACCGUCUUGAUGCCGGCACUUUUGGCACCAUGGGGGUGGGCCCCGGGUUCGCGGUGGCGGCGGCGCAGUGGUGCCGCGACCGCGCGCCCGGCAAGCGCGUCGUCUGCGUCGAGGGAGACUCCGCCUUCGGCUUCUCGGGCAUGGAAAUCGAGACGAUGUUUCGCUACAAGCUGCCCGUGAUCAUCAUCAUCGUGAACAACAACGGCAUCUACAGCGGUUUCGACAAGGAGGUGAUGGCCGAUAUCCAGUCCGGCGGGGACCCCGCGCAGACCACCCCGCCCACGGCGCUCAGCGUGCAGGUCCGCUACGAGAAGAUGAUGGAGAUGUUCGGCGAGACGGGCCACCUGUGCCGGACCGUGCUGGACAUCCAGCAGGCCAUCACGGCCGCCGCCGCCGUCACCGACCGGCCCAGCAUCAUCAACAUACUCAUCAACCCCGCCAGCAGCAGGAAACCGCAGGCCUUUAACUGGCUUACUGAGUCUAAGCUGUAAACGUUCUAU